CCCAACUUUUAACUUCUUGCACCCACAUUGCAGUAUUGCACACAACCCUUUCUAGAUCUGCAAAUUCCUCCCAAGGCCAAACCCCAAACCAUGGAUGCUCUCUUCUCCGAAUUCGCCUUCCUCUCCGACCAAUCCCUCCGCGACAAGAACUUCGACCCGGCCGCGAUCGAGGACGACCUCAUGAGGCUCUUCGAGCUCGAGGCCUACAAGUCGUGGGCGGCCGCGGAGCUUGACCACCUCGCCGAGGCCGAGGCAGCGGAGGCCGAGGUGGACCGGGCCGAGGCCUACCUCGACUCGGUCAUGGAGGGCGCGAUGGAGGAGUUCCGGCGGUUCGAGGAGGAGAUGGACCGGAUGGCGAAGGAGGAGAUGGAGGGCUUGGUGGCGACGGCGGAGAGGGCCAGGCUGAUGGGGAGCUUGAUGGAGAAGGCCGCGACCGUGGCCUCCAAGAAGUACAUCGAGGCUGCGGUCAACGCGGCCACUGCUUCCAUGAAGUCAGCUUGGAAAGGGAUUUCGUCUCACAAGGUUCAUCCUUCUUGAGAGAGAGAGAGAGAGAGAGAAAUGUUGUCGUGCUGAGCAUGUGGUGGUGGGUGAUUCAAUGUCCAUGGUGGGUCUACGUCUUGUGUCAAUUGUACUUUGCUAGGCCUUAAGGCCAAUUUGAAAUAAUGUGGAUCAAUUACUUGGUAUGUUCAAA